AUGGGUGGUGUGGAUCAGAAAAAGGAAAAGAAGAAUAACAUGAAUGGUUCAAUAUGGUCCAUUUUCAUGCAUGCUGAUACACAAGAUUGGUUCCUUAUGAUUUUAGGCACCAUUGGAGCUAUUGGUGAAGGUUGUAUUACUCCUUUGGUUUUGCUUAUUAGUAGCCAAAUGAUGAAUAAUUAUGGGACUUCAUCUACCACUAAUGGAAACACUUUCAUCCAUAAUAUCAAUAAGAACGCACUGGCUUGGUUCUAUUUGGCUUGUGCAUCUUUUUUUGUUUGUUUCUUUGAGGGUUAUUGUUGGACAAGAACAAGUGGAAGACAAGCUACAAAAAUGAGAUGCAGAUAUUUGAAAGCAGUUCUUAGACAAGAUGUUGCUUACUUUGAUUUACAGGUCACAAGUACUUCCGAGAUUAUCACUAGCGUCUCCAACGACACUCUUUUAAUUCAAGAUGUUAUCAGUGAAAAGGUUCCAAAUUUUUUGAUGAACAUUUCAUCAUUCAUGGCAAGCUACAUAAUGCCUUUUAUAUUGCUAUGGAGAUUGGCAAUAGUAGCAUUUCCAUUUAGUUUUCUUCUAGUGAUCCCUGGAUUAAUAUAUGGCAAGACUUUGAUGAGUUUAUCAAGAAAGAUCAGAGAAGAGUAUAAUCAAGGUGGUACAGUUGCGGAACAAACAUUAUCUUCUAUCAGAACUGUUUAUUCUUUUGUAGGGGAACAAAAAUCCAUGAAUGCUUUCUCUAAAGCUCUAGAAGGUACUGUGGAGUUGGGUUUAAAACAAGGAUUAGCGAAAGGUUUGGCCAUUGGAAGCAAUGGUUUUGUGUUUGCCAUUUGGGCUUUCUUGUGCUAUUAUGGUAGCAAAAUGGUUAUGUACCAUGGUGCUCAAGGAGGGACUGUUUUUGCAGUCGGAGCAAGCAUAACGGUCGGUGGAUUAGCAUUAGGUGCUAGUUUAUCCAACGUGAAGUAUUUCUCUGAAGCAAUUACGGCCGGUGAAAGAAUCAAGAGAGUAAUAGAAAGAGUUCCCAAGAUCGAUUCUAUCAGCGCAUUAGGAGAAAUACUAGAAAAUGUUUCCGGGGAAGUGGAAUUUGACAAUGUAGAAUUUUCAUACCCGACAAGACCAGAAACCAUUAUCCUUAAGAAGUUUUGUCUCAAGAUUGCAGCAGGAAAAACAGUUGCGUUGGUCGGUGAAAGUGGUUCAGGGAAAUCAACAGUAGUGUCAUUGUUGCAACGAUUUUAUGAUCCGAUUGGUGGAGAGAUUCGUCUCGAUGGAGUUGCUAUUCAUAAGUUAAAGAUAAAAUGGCUUAGAUCAAUUAUGGGGUUGGUUAGUCAAGAACCUGCUUUGUUUGCAACAAGCAUUAAAGAGAAUAUAAUGUUUGGUAAAGAAGAUGCUACUGAGGAUGAGAUUGUUGAAGCUGCUAAAAUUUGUAAUGCUCAUGAUUUCAUUUCUUUGCUUCCUUCUGGUUACAAUACUCAGGUUGGAGAAAGAGGGGUUCAAUUAUCAGGUGGACAAAAACAAAGGAUAGCAAUUGCAAGAGCAAUUAUUAAGAAACCACGAAUCCUUCUUUUAGACGAAGCAACUAGUGCAUUAGAUACCGAGUCAGAAUGGCUCGUUCAACAAGCACUCGACAAAGCAACAGCAGGUUGCACCGCCAUCAUCAUCGCUCAUCGUCUCUCCACAAUAAAAAACGCAGACAUUGUUGCUGUCGUGCACGCUGGAAAAGUUACCGAGAUUGGCUCACAUGACGAACUUCUACAAAACGAUAACAACCUCUACGCAUCCCUGGUCCGCCUUCAACAAACCAAAACAGAAUCAGAAGAAACGGUUACAACUACCUUGACAAACACGCAAACUGUGGUGGAACCUACCAAUUUAGUUGAAGAUAAAAUCAAUAAUGAUAGUGUUAAUAAGAGUGAUAAAGAUACUGAUAAAACCGUGUCGUUUUGGAGAUUACUUGCACUGAAUGCUCCAGAAUGGAAGCAAGCGGUUUUGGGGUGUUUGAAUGCAAUGGUGUUUGGCGCGGUUCAACCUACUUUUGCAUUUACAUUAGGAUCAAUGAUAUCUGUGUUUUUUUAUACUGAUCACGAGGAAAUAAAAAACAAGACCAAGGUUUACUCACUUGUGUUUUUCGGUUUCUCAUUGAUAACUUUGGUGGUUAAUAUUGGACAACACUAUAACUUUGCUUACAUGGGAGAGUACUUGACUAAACGUGUAAGAGAGAGCAUGCUUUCUAAGAUUCUCACUUUUGAAGUUGGAUGGUUUGAUCAAGAUGAAAAUUCUAGUGGUGCUAUUUCUUCUCGACUUGCCAAUGAUGCUAAUGUGGUGAGGUCAAUAGUUGGUGAUAGAAUGGCUUUGUUGGUACAAACAUUUUCAGCAGUAGCAACAGCUUACACUAUGGGAUUAAUCAUUUCAUGGAGGCUCACACUUGUUACCAUAGCUAUUCAACCAAUUUUAGUAGCUUGUUUUUACACAAAAGGUGUUUUGCUCAAAAGCCUUUCAAGCAAGUCUAUUAAGGCCCAACAACAAAGUAGUAAGUUAGCUUCUGAGGCAGUUUCAAAUCUUAGAACCAUUACUGCUUUUUCAUCUCAAGAUAGAAUACUCAAAAUGCUUGAAGAGGCCCAACAAGGCCCUAUUCAAGAGAAUUUUCGACAAGCGUGGUUUGCUGGUCUUGGGCUUGGGUUUUCACAAUUCCUCAUGUCUUGUUCUUGGGCCUUAAAUUAUUGGUAUGGCGGAAAGCUUUUGGCGGAAGGGAAGAUAACGAAGAAAGCUUUGUUUGAGUGUUUUAUGGUUGUGAUAAGUACGGGGCGAGUUAUAGGUGACGCUGGAAGCAUGACUAAAGAUAUUUCCAAAGGUACAGAUACCGUGAGCUCGAUCUUCGCCAUCCUAGAUCGGGCCACCAAGAUCAAAUCAGACGAUCCUGAGAGGUUUAAGCCCGUUACUUUAACAGGACAUAUAGAAUUUUGCGAAGUGCAUUUUGCAUACCCCGCUAGGCCUAAUGUGAUAAUAUUUCAUGGUUUUUCAAUUAAAAUUGAAGCGGGAAAAUCAACAGCAUUAGUAGGUCAAAGUGGUUCGGGAAAGUCGACGAUCAUAGGAUUAAUAGAGAGAUUCUAUGAUCCACUAAAAGGAAGUGUGACAAUAGAUGGUAUGAACAUAAAAUCAUAUAACCUAAAGUCACUAAGAAAACACAUAGCACUUGUGAGCCAAGAGCCAACAUUGAUUAAUGGAACCAUAAGGGACAACAUUGCAUAUGGAACAACAUGUGAGAAAAUUGAUGAAGCUGAGAUCAUAGAUGCAGCAAGAGUAGCCAAUGCUCAUGAUUUCAUAGCUAGUUUGAGAGAUGGGUAUGAAACAUGGUGUGGAGACAAAGGGGUGCAACUUUCAGGGGGUCAAAAACAAAGGAUAGCAAUAGCUAGAGCUAUGUUAAAGAAUCCAAAAGUGUUGCUACUAGAUGAGGCAACAAGUGCACUAGAUAACAAUUCAGAGAAAGUGGUGCAAGAAGCAUUGGAUAAGGUAAUGGUGGGAAGAACAAGUGUGGUUGUGGCACAUAGGUUGAGUACAAUACAAAAUUGUGAUGUUAUUGCUGUUUUAGAUAAAGGGAAAAUGGUUGAGAUUGGAACUCAUAAAACUUUGUUGGCUAAUGGACCUUCUGGUGCUUAUUACUCUUUGGUAAAGCUUCAAACUAAACAUCCAGUCUCAACUAAUUAA